AUGGCUUCCAUUCCCAUCAGGGGUCAGCAACAUGUCCAUACACAGACACAAGUGUCCAUGGAAUUAUGGUGUGUACCGGGGUAUGGUGGCAUCUUCACAUCCAGCCAAGGCGGGGGCUUGGUGGGCCCCAAACAGAAGCAGCCCAAGUGGAAGCAAAGCAAAGGCAGCAGCAGCCCUUCCCCGGGCGUUCCCACCACUCCCUCCACAGCAGCUGCCCCGGAGCCCACUGACUACCUGGACAGCUACAUGCGGGCGCAGCUCAAGGCGCUGCUGUCCCAAGUGAGCCUGGGCCUCACCCCGCGGCUCCGCAAGGCCAACACCAAGGAGGUGGGGGUGCAGGUGAACCCGCGGGUGGACGCCUCGGUGCAGUGCUCGAUGGGGCUCUGAACGCUGCAGGGCAGCCACCUGCAGAGCCCCUCAGCCCACUUCAGCCAGGCGGGCCCAGCCAUCUGCUCGCCUGGGUUGAACCGGCACCUCUUCACCCUGCCCGAGGCGGCUAGGCCUCAGCCGGAGGAGGAGAAGGGAGCCGCCGCGGGGACAAGAUCUGCCUUCCAGUUCUUGGAACAGAAGUAUGGCUAUUUUCAUUGUAAAGACUGCAAAACCGGAUGGGAGAGUGCAUAUGUGUGGUGCAUUUCUGGAAGUAACAAGGUUUACUUUAAACAACUCUGUCGCAAAUGCCAAAAGAACUUCAAUCCUUAUCGAGUGGAAGCAAUCCAGUGCCAGACUUGCUCAAAGACUCGUUGCUCCUGCCCCCAGAAGAAAAGACACAUUGACCUCAAGAGAUCCCACCGCCAAGAGCUGUGUGGUCGCUGUAAAGGCAAGAGAUUAUUCUGUGACAACACUUACAGUUUUAAGUACAUUGUUUGA